AUGGUCACUAAAAAGAGAGAAAAAACAUUCACGAUAAACUUAUUAUUAACUAUAUUUCGUUUUAUACGCAUACAUCGUCAUCGUUUAAUCAAUCCAAUCAAUACAUCAUACUCAGCGUUUGAAGAAUUGAAACACAAAGAAAUGAAAAAUGAAAAAUUCGUACAAAUCUAUACACCUGAUGAGAAGACUGUGCAGCUAUUGGAUAACGGACGCACUUUCAAGAAUCUGAAAUUUGGUAUAUGUGCUUGUGCACUUGGUGAUCACUUCUAUUCAUUCGGUAUUCAUUGUAUUCGAAUCAGAGUUGACGAAGGGCAUCCUGUUUUGGGUAUUCGGUCACGAAACAUACCACCUAUAGCGGAUGAAGAUUGUUCUGGUUCAUAUGAUGCUAGUCCUUCGACGUAUGGUUGGAAAAAAGACGUUGGACGUAUUCUUAAUGGAAGCCUUGAACGAAGCGGCAGAAUGAAAAAAGUAAAAGAUAUAAAAAUUGGUGGUCCUGCCUAUACAAUGACGGUGAAUUGUGAUGAUCACCAGUUAAGCAUACUUGAUGAAAAUAAUAAAGAAGAAGAUGUUAUCGACCUUGAUGUUAAUUAUAUUCCUUUCCCUUGGUGUUUGUUUAUCGCUCUUCCUCGGGCCACAGCUCAGGUGGCCUUAAUGUAA